GGCUGGGGUGAGAUGCGUGGGGCUCAGCCUCCCUUGCACCCCCUUCCAGGUGCGGCACCGCCAGUCGGGGCAGAUCAUGGUGCUGAAGAUGAACAAGCUGACCAGCAACCGGAGCAACAUGCUACGGGAGGUGCAGUUGAUGAACCGCCUCUCGCACCCCAACAUCCUCAGGUUCAUGGGGGUGUGUGUGCACCAGGGACAGCUGCACGCCCUGACAGAGUACAUCAACGGUGGGAAUCUGGAGCAGCUGCUGGACAGCCCCGUGCCCCUCUCCUGGUCCGUGCGUGUCAAGCUGGCCCUCGACAUUGCCUGUGGCCUACACUACCUGCACUCCAAGGGCAUCUUCCACCGUGACCUCACUUCCAAGAACUGCCUGGUACGCUGUGAGGACAAUGGCUACACAGCUGUGGUGGGUGACUUUGGCUUGGCGGAGAAGAUCCCGAUGUACAGUGAGGACAGUGAGAAGGAACCUCUGGCAGUGGUGGGCUCCCCGUACUGGAUGGCACCUGAGGUGUUGCGAGGGGAGAUCUACGAUGAGAAGGCCGAUGUGUUUUCCUACGGUAUCGUGCUGUGCGAGACCAUCGCUCGCAUCCCUGCUGACCCUGACUACCUGCCCCGCACUGAGGACUUUGGCCUGGACAUCAUCAAUUUCAGCACCAUGGUGGAAAUUGACUGCCCGGUGUCCUUCCUCCAGCUUGCUUUCCACUGCUGCAGUAUGGACCCCGCCUCACGCCCCUCAUUCCUGGAAAUCACACUGUGCCUGGAGAGCAUCUUGCACCAGCUGGACGGUGACGACGCAGGAGUUACCCUCUUUGACAGUGGGGAGAGCCUGCCCACACCUGGGAUGGCAGCCACGCUCAACGGGGUGGCCGGGAACGCAUCCAGCCAUGCUGAGCAGUCACCCCUGCAUGAGCUGGGGACACAGCACCUGCAGCCAGACCAGCGCCUGUCCCGCAGCCAGUCUGAUGUGUUUUCCUCCAAAUCACCUGCCUUGCUGUGGAUGCCGGAGACUUGUGGUGGGACCAGGACCAAGGAAACGUCCCCUCGUGUCAAUCCCUUCUCCCAGCGUGAGGACCUGAAGGGGGGAAAGAUCAAGCUCUUCGACACACCGAGCAAGUCCGUCAUCUCACUCACAUUUGACCUGCCGCCCCCCACCUCCUUCCAACCUACCACCCCUGUGACGCCCGAGCCCGCCAUAGAGAUGGAGUGCGACUUCUCAAGCCCCACCACUGCCCCCCGCAAGUGCCAAUCACUGCCCGCCUCCCCUGAGCUGCCCCACCGGGGGAGCCUGGCAAUGAGUGUGGGGUCUCCCUCUCCUUCCUAUGAUCCCCAGAUCCCUACUCUCCUUCCCUCCCCUGCUUUGGGGCAGCUCCUCAACAACAACCAUGUGGUGGUUAGCAAGCCCUUGCCCUGGGGUAACAGGCUGGAGCACGGAUUCUCCGAGCUCAGCAUCCCCUGCGUUGCGGCUCUAGAGCAGACGGAGCGUGCUGCCAUGCUCCCCGGGCACAGCUCUGGCGUUGUGCUGGAGCAGGACGAGGUGCUGCCCUGCCCGGGCUGCUGCCUGAUCCCCUUCAGUAUAGCCUCCGUCUGCCACCGGCCGGCACCCAAAUACCAAAACCUCAACUACGAAGCCAAGAGCCUUCUCUAUCACGAUGGGGACCACCACCAGAAAGCCCCAGAGCUGGCACUGGUGGAGCCCAGCUUGAAGCUGCCGGAAGCUCAGUCCUAG